ACUCUCUCUUAUACCUAAAUUUAAAGUUAGAGUUUUCAGAAAUAUGGCUACGAAGAACACAUCAACAGUUGCUCUCUUUCUUGUAUUUAACCUUUUGUUCUUUACCCUAGCCAACGCAUGUGGUGGGGGCUGCCCUACUCCUAGGCCACCAAGACCAAAGCCAACUCCAAAGCCAACACCAACUCCGUCACCUUCAGGCGGAAAAUGUCCUAGAGAUGCACUUAAACUAGGCGUAUGUGCUAAGGUGCUCGGUUCAUUGCUUAAUAUCACCAUUGGCGAUCCUCCUGUCAAACCUUGCUGCUCUCUUCUAGAGGGUCUUGUUGAUCUUGAAGCUGCUGUUUGCCUUUGCACUGCCAUUAAAGCUAAUAUUUUGGGUAUCAACCUCAAUGUUCCACUUUCUUUGAGUUUGCUUCUAAAUGUUUGUAGCAAAAAGGUUCCUUCUGAUUUCCAAUGCGCCUAAACAUAUAUAGACAUUUAACUAUAUAUCUAUAUAUGGGUUUUGAGUUUUACGUGUUGUUCGAUCAAGUUUAGGAGUUCGCUAAACUUAUGUUUGUAUUUUAAGGUUGUAAUCGUUUGUUUUGUUUAAUAGCUUGUUAAAAUGUUUGUAAUUUCUGUUUAUUGGGGGGUUAAUCGAAACAAAUAAGUGUUGUAUUAGUUAUGUUUAAUGAAUUACUUCUAUGGGAAAUCAAUGAAAGUUUAAUCUAUUUCCUUAA